CUCGUGCGUGUCCUCCGUCUCGUCUCGCUCCCGAAAGCGAACGGCCGCGCGCAGAGCGACCGAUGGCCGGCCGGCCGUCCGCGCUCCGAGCCGCAGCUUAGCGGAAAGCGCCAUUUUGACUCCUCGAGUGGCACGCAGGCCGCGCGGCCGCCAUUAAACGCGUCGAACUCGGGCCGGCCGGGGUCCCGUCCUGUCCUGUCCUAGCCUAGCCUAGCCUUCGUAGCGGUCCUUCCUUAGCCCGCUCAAACAGUACACGACUGCUCCGGACCGUUCGAACGGAACGGCGCCGUCUUUGUUCUUUGAUAUGCGACGGUAGUUGGGGGGCUAGCUCGUCUCGUCCCUCCUUUCGCGCUCGCUCGCCCGAACUUUUAGCUUUUCUCUCGGUCGAUUCUACUUUGGCUACUAGCAGCUCCGUGCUAAUCGUUAGCUCUGUGAGUAACGUCUGCGCGUGACGUCACGACAACACGCACCGAGGCGCGUGCCCGCCAUCCAAAUAAACCUUCCCUCCCUCUCCACAUACUGUACUAUUAUCUACUGGGCUCUUCUCAAACUUUAUUGUUUGACUUUUGAAGUAAUUCAUCCUUCCAAAUACGGCCGGCACUUAACGUCUAGUAUUUUGGAGUCCUCAGCUCAUUAACGUGCAAUGUGGGGACACAGACUUGCUGCAAAACGCUUUUCAUUUCAUUUGUGCAAAACGGGAAGUGUCAACUCUUCAGACUUGUAAGACUUUGUAGGGCAAGUGACUAUUUAAAAAAACAAAACGCAUCAGCAAUUAUGAUUUGUUUCCAGUUUGGACUCAUUGUAUUUUGAUAUUUUUGGGAAAUAACAUUGUAUUCAUUUCUAAACGUAUUGAAUAGAAACUAAAUUACUGAAAUGAACAUGAAUCAAACCAGAAAUAUACACUGGUUAUGGCCCCAUUUAACACUUUUUCAUCUAAAGGAUGACAUGGCGGACAUAUUGGAAGGGUCAGUGUUCCCAUCAAAAGCAAUGUCACUUUUCAAGAUGAGCGAAUCACCAUAAACCCUGUCGCUGCUGUUGACAAUGAUAGACGUCCAAUUUAUUGGAACAGGCAGGACCGGCUCAUGUUUCGGCGCCAUUGUCGGUGCUAGAUGUCCAGUCCGUUUAGACUUGGAUGGGCUAACGAACGAAUGAAUGAGCGCCCUUUAUCGAGAAGACUUGGGCUUAAACAUGUCAUUAAGUUAAGACUACGAGAUGUCCCCCUCGUCCGGAGAUUUUAUGACACAGGCUAGAGGGACGCAAAAUAUCAUGAACAGCGCCUAAACCGCCUAGUAUAGUAAGACUAUCCGUAUAAUAAUUGGAUACAUAGGAAGUGAUGUCACGGAGCGCGCCGCUGCAAUUACGCAUGACGGCAUUGUAAACAACGAGGCGAAUGGUACUGACUCGGCUAUCGAACAACGCCAAAAAAUUCCGGUGCAGAGGUGACCCGCGCUGGCGUCCGACACAAGGCUGCUCCUUUUGAAGACAGGCGUCCCUUGCUGGAGUGUGGCGUUUAUAAAUGAUGUUUGUGACGCGCCCGAGGUCCAGAUGGCCGAGACGGUGAAGUACGUGGACGAGGAACACAAAAACGUCUUCCUGAAGUUGCUGAACGAACAGCGUCUGGAGGGCGAGCACUGCGACAUCGCCGUGGUGGUGGAAGACGUCAAGUUCCGCGCUCACCGCUGCGUCCUGGCCGCCUGCUCCAACUACUUCAAAAAACUCUUCAAAAAACACGAGGUGGACAAUUCGUCCGUCAUCGAGAUCGACUUUAUCCGUUCGGACAUCUUCGAAGAGGUCUUGAACUACAUGUACACGGCCAAGAUCUCGGUCAAGAAGAGAGACAUCAACCUGAUGAUGUCGUCGGGACAAAUCUUGGGGAUUCGCUUCUUGGACAAACUCUGUUCACAGAAACGAGAAGACGCGCCGUCCGAGGAAAAAGACAAGUUUCCUUUCGACAUCGUGAAGAUGGCGCUCCCUCCUGAGGCUCAGCUGGUGGCGGACGCCGAGGUUCUCGGGGAGCACGAGGACACGCCGGCCGCAGACGACCUGGUCGGGGCCACGGCCAGUCAGGAGCUUGAGAAAUCUCCCAACGCGGCGCUGCGUGAGCAAGAAGCCAUUCUGAAGGAACUAGCCAACGAGCACGUCCACAAGGUGGCCUGCUACGACCAAGACGUGGUGCCGGACAUGGAGACGGAACCCAAAGAUCUGGGGGCGGAGCACCACGCCACCCAGACGCUCACCUUCGACAGCAUGGGAGAGGUGAAAGACGAGCAGCCGCCCGGUUGGGCCGCCGCCGACAUGAAGUUCGAGUAUCUUCUCUACGGGCACCGGGACCAGCUGGCCUGUCACGUGUGCGCCAAGACCUUUUUGGACGAAUCCCGACUCAGGAAGCACGAGAAGCUCCAUUCGGCCGAGCGACCCUUCGCCUGCGAGAUCUGCGCCAAAGCUUUCACCACCCACGCUCACCUCAAAGAACACCUGAAGAUCCACACGGGCUUCAAGCCGUACCGAUGCGACGUUUGCGGCAAAUCCUUCAUCCGGGCUCCGGACCUGAAGAAACACGAGCGGGUCCACAGCAACGAGCGACCGUUCGCCUGCCAGAUGUGCGACAAGGCUUUUAAACACAAGUCUCACCUGAAAGAUCACGAGAGGAGGCACAGAGGAGAAAAACCUUUCGUCUGCGCGUCGUGCACCAAGGCCUUUGCCAAGGCGUCGGAUCUGAAACGCCACGAAAACAACAUGCACAGCGAGAGGAAGUUGGGGAAUCCUCUUCAGAGCGACACGGAAGCCCUGCAGGCCGCCGCCAUGGCCGCCGAGGAGUCGCACAUGGACGGCAUGGCUUGCUCCUAAGCUCAAACGGAAGUCCGCUCGGUCAGGGUUUGACCAGCCAGUCGCAGCGGGGGUUGACGCGGUAGACGUCCAACAGGACGCAGUCCGGGUGGAGCCGCCGCUCGCCGAUGUUCCCGCCGACCUCGAAGAGAUGCAGCGCCGCGCUGCGGAGAGACGGCACACGGCGUAGAAAAGCGCCAACGGUGUCGCUUUUGUACCCCGGAGAACGGAACCGAACCCAACCCGACGUUGCCUCGCCCUUAUCCCGCCGUCCGUCUAAGGGUUUUUACUUGCAUCCAUGCCAUAUUUCUUCGGACCACUUUAUAGGCUUUAGGCUAAAAUGUACAGACUGAUGAGGCGGGUUAAGAAGUCCCACGUUAUCUUGAAGUUGUAUUUGACUCGACAAUAAAGGUCCACGGAUUUGAUUUUACGAUGAUGCGUCGUCGCAACGACGAGAAUAUUUGUCAUACCUGUUAUCGCAGUUGAAGUGGGCGGUGACGUCUUUGGCUGUCAUCUGCCUGUCCAGCUGGAUCGCCAUGGAAACUUUGGCGUGUAGCGGAGCGUGAACCUUGAUAAUGCCGUCGCACAGUUCCGUCACCUGAUGAUGCAAGAGUUAACGCAAUAUCUCAAAAAUGGACUCAAACCUUGCGACCGAUGGAAAUACUUGUCCCAAAGUAGUACUCGAGCAAAAAAAGAUGGGCUUUUUUUAAAAAAUGAAUUCAUUUUGAAGUAUUAACUGAUGGACUGGUAAGCUGGCUGGUGGCGAUCAUUUCAUCUCAUUCCUAAAGUUUCCCACAUGUUGUCAGCUCACUGUUUAAGUGAUUAGCACAUCUAGAGUUGAAGCUGAGAAGAGCAACAGAAUGUAGGCUAAAGUCGAGCUUCCAAUGUGGGCCAUUUUCACUAGAGCCUAGUUCGGGCCUAAAAAAUCCAGCCCGACCCGACACGGCCCGCUGGUAUUGAGGCCCGACCCGGCCCGAGCUCGAUCACUUAACUAGAUUUGCAGGCCCGAGCCCGAAAAACCCGAUUUUUUUUUUUUUUUUUUUUUUGAGUGACGCGGAAAAAACGCAGCAGCAGCAAUUUAUUUUCAUUUCUUCGAGUUGGCAGAAAAAAAAACGCAAAUUUUCUUAAUGUUUAAAUAAUCUACAUAUUUUUUUUUAGAAUUAUCAAAGCAUUCACACAACGAAAUAACGCUGGGAAAGUUUGUUAAACAUAUUUCUGAGUGUGUGGGAUAUUGUUCUCACAUGGACGCGCCUCUCUGACAAGGAGAGGGAACAGGAGAGGGGGGCGCCUCGGCCGUGCGCAAACGGUAGAGGGGGAGGACAAGAAGGAAAAGCGGCCGGCGCCACGGCGUUCGUGCACACGCACAAGCAAAAGCGCAAUACAGAGAGACUGCUCUCCAUUUAUUUAUUUUUUUUUUUUUUUUUUUUUUGAGUGACGCGGAAAAAACGCAGCAGCAGCAAUUUAUUUUCAUUUCUUCGAGUUGGCAGAAAAAAACGCAAGUUUUCUUAAUGUUUAAAUAAUCUACAUAUUUUUUUGAGAAUUAUCAAAGCAUUCACACAACGAAAUAACGCUGGGAAAGUUUGUUAAACAUAUUUCUGAGUGUGUGGGAUAUUGUUCUCACAUGGACGCGCCUCUCUGACAAGGAGAGGGAACAGGAGAGGGGGGCGCCUCGGCCGUGCGCAAACGGUAGAGGGGGAGGACAAGAAGGAUAAGCGGCCGGCGCCAUGGCGUUCGUGCACACGCACAAGCAAAAGCGCAAUACAGAGUGCUUGCUCUCCAUUUUUUUUUUAUUUUUUUUUUUUUUAAAUAAUUUAUUAGUCCGGCAUGGCGGCCCGACCCGACCUGACCCGAACGUGAAUGCUUAAAUUGUGGGCCCGACCCGAAUGUCGGGUCGGGUUCGGGCACAAAAUCUAACCUCUAAUUUUCACCAUUUACUGCAGGCAGGGUUGUCAACAGACUUGCUGAGGCCCGGGGACAAGAGACCUUUAUAGGGCCCCCCACCACUGCUACCGGCUUGUCACGACAACGUACGCAGUGGUUAAAUGCUUUGCAAUCAAUGACAAUGUUAAAUUUUCAAAUGAUUUGAGAUGGACCGUAAUGUGACGUGACACAAUAUAAAUAAUUUCCAUCUAUAAUGUCGGCUUCAAUACAACACAACUGAGAGUGCUAUGCCUGCCAGCUAAGCAACAAAACAUAACUAAACAUCCUUUGCCAGGCCAGCCCUCUAUGCAUUCCUGGGGUUAUCAAGCUCUCAAACAGUGAUGUGCCUAGAUUUUUUGACAGCAGUCAUUUAUAACAUUCGUGAUAUCCAGUUUUUGAGCAAGCUCAAUGGAAAGCAUGCUGUUACUGGCAUCCCCAAGGGGCCCCUACAAUAUGACCGGCUUUACCAAUUUAGCGCAGACGAAGAGGUGGGCGAGCGUAAGGGCGGUGAGAUAGGAGUUGUUGCGCGGUAGCGCUGAGUUGAGUGGCUGUGAGUCCCCCAUUGUUAAUAAAAGUUCCACCAAAAAGCCAUCUGACGUGUGUCUGCGUUUUUAUGCACAUCGCCACCGUCCCGAAGGAAGACCCGGACGAACUGACGAUGAACGAGCCGAGUAAAUCGCCGGUCCACUCCACACUACGGUGCGGAGUUGAGAGCACUGCGACUGACCAUAAAGUGCAGUUUGGUAACAAUGGCUAGGUUGUUAAGCCUGCCCUGUGAUAUGGUGGUGCAGAUGUAGUUUUUUAUCAUUUUCACUCUCCUCCAGCUACAGUCACUGACAAAGACAAGAAAAUGCGUAGCACUUGAGUGUGCCAGAGCG